CAUUCCUUCGGCAUCAAUCUCCUCCUCUUUGAAUGAUAGCUGCUUCGAAAAUCAUCAUCGUACAUCUAUAUACUUCAACUCGGCCACGACUCCAUUAAACAUGGCGCACGCAAUCUCCCCCCAAGAUCUGACAGAGAAAUUCAUUGGUCAAUUUACCAGCAAGUUGAAAAGCACUGACUUGGUCACUCUGCUCAAUAGCCAUCUUCAACAGAAAGAUGCGGACUCACACAUUCUGCACAUCGACCCUUCCGUCCUGGAGUUGCACCUCGAGCUCCUGGCCUACGAGAAUGCAAUCAAAGUCGCGUGCUCCUUCCCGACAAAGCUUGCAGAGAGACUGGCCCAGCGACCGGGAAAUGUUCUAAAUACUAGAACUCAAAACUACUCUUCCGUAGCGGGUCACACGACUGAUCAAUACGCCAACGGCGGCAUACCGAAGACAGAGCCUUACUACCCACAGGCUCCGGUUCCUGUUCAGACAGCCAAACCACCCGUCAACGGCAACUCUACGAAGGCAGAGCCUUAUUACCCACCGGCUCCGGUUCCUGUUCAGACAGCCAAACCAUCCGUCAACAGCAGCUCCACGAAGACCGAGCCAGAUCAGACAUAUUAUUUCCCGGUCAAGGAGGCAACAAAGCAUUCCGGGAGCGAAGCAGCCAAGAAAUCCACACCUAGACAAGACAGCAACAGCCGCAAUUCACUCACCCAUGAAGCCUCACGGUCAAGUAUAACCACAGCAACAAGUACAGGCACAACCAACGGCUCCAAGACCGGCCCCCCGAGCUACUAGCUAGGCAGAAUGUGGUAGAGUCUCUGUUGGACACCGGCUGGGACGUGUCGG